AUGCCUAACCUUACCUCCACAUCUGAAUUUCUGCUGCUGGGAUUUUCAGAAGUUCGAGAAUUACAGAUCUUAUAUUUCUUUGUCUUCUUAGCAGUAUACUUGGUAGCAGUCACUGGCAAUCUUCUCAUCAUCAUUGCUGUAGUGCUGGAUCCUCACCUGCAUAUGCCCAUGUACUUCUUCCUCAUGAAUUUGGCCAUUCUGGAUAUUGGCUCAAUUUCUGUCAUGUUACCUAAAGCGAUGGCCAAUUUCCUCAUGAAUAGCAGGUCAAUUUCUUAUGCAGGUUGUGUGGCUCAGGUUUUCUGCUUCUUCCUAUUUGGAGGGUCAGAUUUUGCCAUCCUCACAGUAAUGGCACAUGAUCGGCAUAUUGCUAUUUGCCAUCCAUUGCAAUAUGAGGCAAUCAUGCAUGAAGGAGCCUGCAUUCGGAUGGCAGCCAGUGCAUGGAUUUCCAGUAUACUUUAUGCCACCUUGCACACUGGUGGCACUUUUGCCAUCACCUUCUGCUCCAAUGUAAUCAAUCAAUUCUUCUGUGAAGUUCCACAGUUAGUAAAGCUUUCCUGCUCAGACUUAUAUCUAAUUGAAAUUGGAAUUCUUCUGUUUAGCUGUGGCUUAUUUGGAGGAUGUUUUAUCUACAUCAUUAUAACUUAUGUGAAGAUUUUUGCAGCAGUACUCAGGAUGCCUUCUGUGAAUGGUCGCAAAAAAGCCCUCUCCACUUGCCUUCCCCACCUCACUGUGGUGUCUCUGCUUCUUUUCACUGGAAUCUUUGCCUAUGUGAGGCCUCCUGGUGACACUUCUUCUGAGAUGAAUGUAAUUUGUGCUGUGAUGUAUGCUAUAUUACCUCCAUUGCUGAAUCCAUUCAUCUAUAGCAUGAGAAACAAAGAAAUCAUGACAUCAUUGUCAAAGCUCACUGAUUUUCAACAUUUUAUGCAAACCAGCUCCAGGAAAAUUCUUCUAGUAAAACUGGGCUGA